AUGAAAGAAUUAAGAACACAACGCGAUCAAAACGUCAAAGCAUUGAGUCCUAAAUUAUCCGAUUCAAACAACAUUUCCGAAUUAAAGAAAUUGUAUAAUUCAGAAGAAGAACGACGUAAGAAUGAAUUAACCGUUAUCCAAAACUACGAGAACUCUAUUAUCGAAACAGAGAAGAACGUAAUGAACAUGUUCACAUCACAUUUACCAUUAAUCACAUCUUCAUUGAUGUCAUUGUUUGAUAAAUUCCCAUUAUUAGAAGAUUUGAUUCCAGGUCCAGUUGCCAAUGAAGAACGCAGGACAUUGAAAUCAUUGAUUAAAGACAAAGAAAGGAAGUCCAUGCAAUUACCAGAUGACCAAGACAGACCAUUCCAUGUCCGGCAAUGGCCAACAUUACCUUUAACAAUGGAACCAUUGUCUUCUAUGACCAGUCAAACAGAAAGUCAAGAUCAACAAACGAAAGAGAAGAAUUCAGGAAGGAAAACAGUUAAGAAACCAAAGAAAUCAGAUGCAAUCAAGUCUGUUGAAUCCGCAAUGAUGCCUAUUAUUACAUCUAUUGACACAUCUAUGUAUCGCGGCGUUAUUGUUGAAAGGAAUCGCUCAUUUGAGGAAUAUCAACGUGAAAUGAAGUCACGUGUUACAUCAUUUGAAACAUAUAUCAAUUUCAUGAAAGAAGAAACACAGAAAUUCUCAGAAUUCUGGUUAAAGUCUAUCAACAACUUAUGUCCACGCUUCGUCAUCCCAAAAGAAUCUAAAUAA